CAACACCUUGAGAGGAGAUGACUGCGCCGUCCUAGAAAAAAAAUCUUCAGCGGUAAAGAAGCCAUUGCCUCUGUAUCUGCAGCCGAGAGUCCACGUUAACGUUAGCGGAAAUAUUGGUAUGGUCGUGCGAUGUCGUCUACAUUUGCCUUGCCAUUGUUGUGUUCUAUCGCCGUGCACGUGGCUGUUCUUCAUACUGUAGACGCCGGGUCAGAAGGACGACGAUUCAGAUGUGGUGUUCCUGGAGUCGCACGAGAGGCCGGUCGCAUUGUGGGUGGAAGUAACGCAAACCACGGGGCGUGGCCAUGGCAGGUAUCCCUUCGCUGGGCCCCUUCGGGUAUUGGGCACUUCUGCGGCGGUGCUCUUCUCAACAAGCGGUGGGUGCUGACGGCCGCACACUGCGUGGAUGACGGAUUUAAACCCUAUGUGACAAUGGGAGAUAGCAGUCUGACCGGGGAUGACGGUACAGAGCGCACCAUUAUCACCAGAAGAGUCUUCAUUCACCCAAGUUACGGGUUCGGCUACGAUGCCGCUCUCCUGCAGUUGAAGAAAAGAGUUCGUUUCAGCCAGUACAUCCGCCCUGUCUGCCUGCCCGGCAGCUCUUCCACGGCUCCUCCACCGGGCACGGUCUGCUCCAUAACCGGCUGGGGGACAACAUCCGAGGGCGCUUCCAGCCUUCCCGACCAUCUCCAGGAAGCCGACGUGCCCAUCGUGAGUGACUCUGACUGCUCUGGCGCGUACGCUCCGUGGUUCGACUUAACCUCGGAGAUCUGUGCCGGCUACAUGGCUGGAGGAAUCGACUCUUGUCAGGGUGACAGCGGCGGCCCGCUUGUGUGCGAGUCGGCGGCUGGAACUUACUUCCUGCACGGCCUGACCAGCUGGGGAUACGGCUGUGCGCGGCCCGACAAGCCCGGCGUCUACGCACGCGUCACCGCUUUCGUGGACUGGAUCAGGACCACUAUUCGUGACAACCGCUAACCAUAGUCCGGUUCUCCCGCAAUGAAUAAAGGUUAUAUCAAUGUUGAUCAUU